AUGCCGACUCUUCAAACUUCACUGCCUCCUGAGCUCGCUAACAAUGCCAUUAGGCUUUACCGUGAAUGUCUACGAAGAGCUAAAUAUAUUGGUCACCGGCAACAUAACACACCGCUCCUUGUUGAAAUGGUGAGACAACAAUUUAAGAAAAAUAUGCAUGAGACAGAUCCUGAUAAGAUUCAAAAGUUAAAGGAUGAUGCUGCAAGGGGACUUAUAAAUCACAUACUGUAUGAGUCAGAGAAAAUUACUGGUCGUAAAUUUAGCAAGAGUCCCCCUAAAGAAGCUUAA